AUGCAACUCCUACAAAAAUAUACAACAAACGAUAACCAAACUUCUCAGCCUUACUCACCACAUCCACUUUAUUCACCACCCCAGCCUUAUCCACCACCUCAGCAUUAUACACCACAUCAGCCUCAAUUUCAACCAUAUAAUAUACCUCUUCAGCCUUACACUUACACGCAGCAAACACUCGAAAACACGGUUAGAAAUCAAGAAUAUCCUAUUGCCAAUCAAAGCACAAAUGAUAUAUUAUAA